AUGAAAUUUCUACUAAAUUUCCUCACAAUUUUUCUUUUGCAAUGUGUUGUACACAUAAAUGGUUACUUCAUUACCGUGGAUCCACAUUCGGAAGAAUGCUUCUUCGACCGAGCAGAGGCAGGCACGAAACUAGGACUUAUGUUUGAAACAGUGGAAGGUGGUUUCCUAGACAUCGAAGUACGCAUAAGUGGCCCUGACCAAAAAGUAAUAUACCAAGGUGAAAAGGAAUCUUCCGGGAAGUACACGUUCUCCGCAUAUGAAACCGGAAUCUAUCAUUACUGCUUUAGUAACAAAAUGUCUACACUCACACCGAAAGUGGUCAUGUUUUCAAUGGAAAUCGGAGAAGCUCCCAAAGGAACGGUAGGAGCAGUGAACGAAGGCGAAGCCGGUCAUACCAAACUGGAAGAUAUGAUACGCGAACUCUCCGGAACCCUUACCAGUAUUAAGCAUGAGCAGGAUUAUAUGCAUGUACGCGAUCGUAUCCAUCGAUCAAUCAACGAAAGUACAAACUCUCGUGUCGUGAUGUGGUCUUUCUUCGAAGCUAUUGUACUCAUAGUGAUGACUGUGGGGCAAGUGUAUUAUCUCAAGCGGUUCUUUGAAGUGAAGAGAGUUGUUUAA